CACACUUUUUCUUCAUUCUUCUUUUUCAUGUCGACUCGUUCCUGAUAAGGCUAGCAUUCACUAAAGCACAGCCCAAUCGGAUAGCGCCACGUGGAAAUUUCGGAUGACUUUUAAACAUGUCAUCAAAUUGAAAGGCAGCAUCGCACACCAUAUCCCUCUGAAACAGAAACUCGAUCGUUCACACACACUCUCUCUCAGCGUGACACUGAGAACGUUGUCGUUUUGAGACUCGAGUUUUUGUAACUGAUUUGGUGCUUGGAAGCGACGCUUGCAUGCCAUGGUGAGGAGCAAGGAGUGAUAUAAAAGUUAGUGCCGUGUACCAGAAACGACAACAGAAUGGAGUGCGUUGGAGCGAGGAACGUGGCGGCAAUGGCGUUUUGCGUGAGUCCUGCGUCGAGGUUGAGGCUGCGGAGGAAGAAGCUCUGGAGGAGACGAGCCUCCUCCUCCUCGUCGUCGAGCGGCCACGGCGUUCGUUGCCGUUCGCGGUGGCUGAAGGUGGAGGCGAAGGCGGGGAGCGAGAGUUGCGUCGCGACCAAAGAGGACUUCGCCGAUGAGGAGGAUUACGUCAAGGCUGGUGGCUCCGAACUCGUUUUCGUCCAAAUGCAGCAGAACAAAGCCAUGGAAAUGCAAUCCAAGCUCGCGGAUAAGUUACCACCUAUCUCGAUAGGAGAUGAUAUACUGGAUCUAGUUGUCAUUGGUUGUGGUCCUGCUGGGCUUGCUCUGGCUGCUGAAUCUGCCAAGUUAGGACUAAAUGUUGGGCUUAUUGGUCCAGAUCGCCCUUUCACAAAUAAUUAUGGUGUGUGGGAGGACGAAUUUAAAGGUCUUGGACUUGAAGGUUGCAUUGAGCAUGUUUGGAAGGAUACCGUUGUCUAUCUUGACAAUAAGGACCCCGUUUUAAUUGGACGUUCCUAUGGACGUGUCAGUCGGCAUCUGCUUCAUGAGGAAUUGUUAAGAAGGUGUGUCGAGUCAGGUGUCUCGUAUCUUAGCUCAAGAGUAGAAAGUAUUGUUGAGGCUAGCAAUGGUCUUAGUCAUGUUGUCUGUGAAUAUGAUAUUGUAGUGCCCUGCAGGCUAGUUACUGUUGCAUCAGGAGCCGCUUCAGGGAAACUGUUACAAUAUGAGGUCGGGGGUCCAAAGGUGUCUGUCCAAACAGCUUAUGGUUUGGAAGUUGAGGUGGAAAACAAUCCUUAUGAUCCAAAUUUGAUGGUUUUCAUGGAUUACAGAGACUACAUGAAGCAAAAUGUUCAAUGUCCAGAAGCAAAUUAUCCAACAUUUCUUUAUGUAAUGCCCAUGUCUCGUACAAGAGUGUUCUAUGAGGAAACCUGUUUAGCGUCAAAAGAUGCGAUGCCUUUUGAUUUACUAAAGAAAAAGCUCUUUUCAAGAUUAAAUACAAUGGGGAUCAGGAUUGCAAAAAUUUAUGAAGAGGAAUGGUCUUAUAUCCCAGUUGGUGGAUCCUUGCCAAACACUGGACAAAAGAACCUUGCAUUUGGUGCAGCUGCUAGCAUGGUGCAUCCAGCCACAGGCUACUCCGUUGUGAGAUCUUUAUCAGAAGCUCCAAAAUAUGCUUCAGUAAUUGCAACUAUUUUGAAAGAUGGCCAUGCCAAGGACGUUUUUUCUCUUGAAAGAAGAAAGGAGAAUCUAUCUAUGCAAGCUUGGGAUACACUUUGGCCACAAGAAAGGAAACGGCAGAGAGCAUUCUUUCUUUUUGGUUUAGCUCUAAUUCUGCAGCUGGACAUUGAGGGCAUUAGAACAUUCUUUCGUACUUUCUUCUGCUUACCUGAUUGGAUGUGGAAGGGAUUUCUUGGCUCCUCUCUCUCAUCUACAGAUCUUGUAUUAUUUGCAUUCUACAUGUUCAUAAUAGCACCAAAUAACUUGAGAAUGAGUCUAGUCAAACAUCUGCUUUCAGAUCCUACUGGUGCAACUAUGAUAAAAACUUACUUAACGAUAUAGUACGUUUUUAUAACUCAUUCCCCACGUUAGGUACCCUGUGUUGGGAGACAGGUUAGAUUACUAAAGGAGCCAUAAUAGUAAUUAGUAGGUUGUUGUAUAGACAUACAUAUCUUAUUAAAAAUUUAAAACUACAUAUGUUCUUAAGUUAUGAUUUUUAUUUCCCAUCUGCUGUUAAA